AUGAUGAUGCCGCCAAUGGGCGCCAUGCCCGGAGUUCCACCAGGCCCACCCGCUGCUUGGGGUGUAUCUGGCGGAUUCUCAAAGCCGGAUGAAAAGUCAGAAGAAGAUGUCAUUAACGAAAACCAGAAAAUAACAACGAAUGCGAUCAAGGAGGCAGUAGAAUUGGCGACAAAGUCGGACUAUGGUGAAUCCAUUUCAGUUCUACUCAAUGCCAUCGCGAAAGUCAAGAACUCAAAGGUUGGAAAACAUGAAAGAACGAAAGUUAUGCUCUCAUCGCUGAAUGAUUGUCUUCACGGAAUCGAGGAAAAAUCCUUCGGCGCUCCAAGACGCGACAGUCACGAUAGAGGGUCAAAGAGUAGGAGAAGAGAUCGAUCUCGCGAAAGAGAUAGAAGGGACAGAAGCUCAAGCCGUGAUAGGGAGCGAGAACGAAAGCGGGCACGAAGCAGAAGCCGGGAAAGACGCCGCUCAGAAUACGACGAUCGCGAGCGAGAUCGUCGCUAA